CAUAAACUUUUAUUAUAAUAAUAAAAAUGAAAUCCUCACUCUCACUUUUAGCUUCUUCUUCCUCCUUCUCUCUGUGAUCAAAAAACGACAAAAUGGGAAGAGGGAAAUUCAAGGGCAAACCAACCGGGCACCGCCAUUUCUCUACUCCCGAAGAGCUCCUUGCUGGUAGCUCUGCUCGUCCCCGUACUUUUAAGAAGGAAGAAGCUGAAGUGGAGGAAGAAGAAGAACGGUCUGAAGAGGAAGUAGAAGAAGAGCCUGAGAAACGAAAAGGGACCCAAGGGCUUAUUGAGAUUGAGAAUCCAAAUUUGGCCAAACGAAAGAAUGUCAAAGCUAAAGAUCUUGUUAUGGGCAAAACAACUGAACUAUCAAGGCGUGAAAGAGAGGAAAUAGAAAAGCAAAAGGCACAUGAACGAUAUAUGAAGCUGCAGGAACAAGGGAAAACUGAACAAGCAAGAAAGGAUUUAGAGCGCUUAGCCCUGAUAAGGAAACAACGGGCAGAGGCUGCUAAGAAGAGAGAGGAAGAGAAGGCUGUGAGAGAACAGAAGAAAGUUGAAGCUCGCAAAUAACCAAGCUGAGGAAUCAAUUAUGACAAGCAGUGAUUGCAUUUGGUGGCUUGUAGUUGGUUACCUGGUGGCCAAGAAGGGUUUCUGGGAGAGCUUUUACUUGCCCAUGCGCUAGUUCAGCCAGGGCCCAGACGUGUAGUUGAUUGCUGAAGACCUGAUUUAUUGAGCUACACAGCUUAGGUUGUAAAAGUAUCAUGGAAAACUCUAAACUAAAAGUUAGAUUAUAUUUUACUCUUUUUACUAAAAAAUAAAUAAAUUAGUUAUGUACAUAAGAUCAAAGAAUA